AUGUUAUUCAGCAGCUACGCAAGCACUAAAAAACUGGAUUUGCUGAGAAGCUUGGGUGCUGAUUUGGCUAUUGAUUACACCAAGGAUAACUUUGAAGACCUGCCUGAGAAAUUUGAUGUGGUAUAUGAUGCAGUUGGGCAGUCUGACAGGGCAGUGAAGGCAGUGAAAGAAAACGGGAAGGUUGUAACAAUCUUUGGUUCAGUAACGCCACCAGCGCUCACAUUUGUGCUGACUUCAACUGGGACUAUAUUGGAGAAGCUGAAGCCAUACUUGGAGAGUGGGAAGGUGAAGCCAGUGCUUGAUCCCACAAGCCCAUAUCCCUUUUCUAAGACUGUUGAAGCAUUUGCCUACCUUGAAACCUCCAGAGCUACAGGAAAGGUCGUUGUGCAUCCCAUCCCUUAA